AUGGUCCGCUUCGGGGACGAGCUGGGCGGCCGCUAUGGGGGCCCCGGCGGCGGGGAGCGGGCGCGGGGCGGCGGGGCCGGCGUUGCGGGCGGCCCGGGCCCCGGGGGGCUGCAGCCGGGCCAGCGGGUCCUCUACAAGCAGUCGAUCGCACAGCGCGCGCGGACCAUGGCGCUGUACAACCCCAUCCCGGUCAAGCAGAACUGCUUCACCGUCAACCGCUCGCUCUUCGUCUUCAGCGAGGACAACGUCGUCCGCAAAUACGCCAAGCGCAUCACCGAGUGGCCUCCGUUUGAGUACAUGAUUCUGGCCACCAUCAUCGCCAACUGUAUCGUGCUGGCGCUGGAGCAGCACCUCCCAGACGGAGACAAGACGCCCAUGUCUGAGCGGCUGGACGACACCGAGCCCUACUUCAUCGGCAUCUUCUGCUUCGAGGCUGGGAUCAAGAUCGUCGCGCUGGGCUUUGCCUUGCACAAAGGCUCCUAUCUGCGGAACGGCUGGAACGUCAUGGACUUCGUGGUGGUCCUCACGGGGAUCCUCGCCACAGCUGGCACUGACUUUGACCUGCGAACGCUGCGGGCUGUGCGUGUGCUGAGGCCCCUGAAGCUGGUGUCUGGGAUUCCAAGUUUGCAGGUGGUGCUCAAGUCCAUCAUGAAGGCCAUGGUCCCGCUCCUGCAGAUCGGGCUGCUGCUCUUUUUCGCCAUCCUCAUGUUCGCCAUCAUUGGCCUCGAGUUCUACAUGGGCAAAUUCCACAAGGCUUGUUUCCCCAACAGCACAGACGCAGAUCCGGUGGGCGACUUCCCGUGCGGCAGGGAGGCCCCGGCGCGGCUGUGCGAGGGCGACACCGAGUGCCGGGAGUACUGGGCGGGCCCCAACUUCGGCAUCACCAACUUCGACAACAUCCUGUUCGCCAUCCUGACGGUGUUCCAGUGCAUCACCAUGGAGGGCUGGACCGACAUCCUCUACAACACCAACGACGCGGCCGGCAACACCUGGAACUGGCUCUACUUUCUGCCCCUGAUUAUCAUCGGCUCCUUCUUCAUGCUCAACCUGGUGCUGGGCGUGCUCUCAGGAGAGUUUGCCAAGGAGCGUGAGCGGGUGGAGAACCGCCGGGCCUUUCUGAAGCUCCGCCGGCAGCAGCAGAUUGAGCGGGAGCUCAACGGGUACCUGGAGUGGAUCUUCAAGGCCGAGGAAGUCAUGCUGGCCGAGGAGGACAAGAACGCGGAGGAGAAGUCCCCUCUGGAUGUGUUGAAGAGAGCAGCCGCCAAGAGGAGCCGAAAUGACCUGAUCCAUGCGGAGGAGGGAGAGGGCCGCUCUGCAGACCUCUGUGCUGUGGGGUCCCCCUUCGCCCGAGCCAGUCUCAAGAGCGGGAAGACGGAGAGCUCGUCAUACUUCCGCAGGAAGGAGAAGAUGUUCCGGUUCUUCAUCCGGCGCCUGGUGAAGGCCCAGAGCUUCUACUGGGCAGUGCUGUGCGUGGUGGCCCUGAACACGCUGUGCGUGGCCAUCGUGCACUACCAGCAGCCCCAGCGGCUCACCACGGCUCUGUACUUUGCAGAGUUUGUUUUCCUGGGUCUCUUCCUCACAGAGAUGUCCCUGAAGAUGUACGGCCUGGGGCCCAGGAGCUACUUCCGGUCGUCCUUCAACUGCUUCGAUUUUGGGGUCAUCGUGGGGAGCAUUUUCGAAGUGGUCUGGGCGGCCAUCAAGCCAGGGACCUCCUUCGGCAUCAGUGUGCUGCGGGCGCUGCGGCUGCUGAGAAUCUUCAAAGUCACCAAGUACUGGAGCUCCCUGCGGAACCUGGUGGUGUCCCUGCUCAACUCCAUGAAAUCCAUCAUCAGCCUGCUCUUCCUGCUCUUCCUCUUCAUCGUGGUCUUCGCUCUGCUGGGCAUGCAGCUCUUCGGGGGACAGUUCAACUUUCAGGAUGAGACUCCGACAACCAACUUUGACACCUUCCCUGCCGCCAUCCUCACUGUCUUCCAGAUCCUGACUGGGGAGGACUGGAAUGCGGUGAUGUACCAUGGGAUCGAAUCACAAGGUGGAGUCAGCAAGGGCAUGUUCUCGUCUGUGUACUUCAUUGUCCUGACGCUGUUUGGGAACUACACCCUGCUGAAUGUCUUCCUGGCCAUCGCUGUGGACAACCUCGCCAAUGCCCAGGAGCUGACCAAGGACGAAGAGGAGAUGGAAGAAGCGGCCAAUCAGAAGCUUGCUCUGCAGAAGGCGAAAGAAGUGGCGGAAGUCAGCCCCAUGUCUGCCGCGAACAUCUCCAUUGCCGCCAGGCAGCAGAACUCGGCCAAGGCGCGCUCGGUGUGGGAGCAGCGGGCCAGCCAGCUGCGGCUGCAGAACCUGCGGGCCAGCUGUGAAGCGCUGUAUAGCGAGAUGGACCCCGAGGAGCGGCUGCGCUUCGCCACUUCCCGCCACCUGCGGCCCGACAUGAAGACGCACCUGGACCGGCCGCUCGUGGUGGAGCCAGGACGGGACGGGGCGCGGGGGCCCGCGGGGGGCAAGGCCCGGCCCGAGGGCGGGGAGGCCGGCGACGCUGCCGACCCGCCGCGCAGGCACCACCGGCACCGCGACAGGGACAGGGACAAGGCCGCAGCCCCGGCGGGGGAGCCGGACAGGGCGGACGCCCCGAAGGCGGAGGGCGGGGACCCGGGGGCCCGGGAGGAGCGGGCGCCACCGCGCCGCAGCCGCAGCAAGGAGGCCGCAGGCCCCCGCGAGGCCAGGAGCGAGCGAGGCCGCGGGCUGGGCCCGGACGGCGGCCGGCGCCACCACCGGCGGGGCUCCCCGGAGGAGGCCGCGGAGCGCGAGCCCCGGCGCCACCGCGCGCACCGGCACGCGCCGGAGCCGAGCAGGGAGGCCGCGCCCGGGAGCAAAGGCGAGCGGCGAGCGCGGCACCGCGGCGGCCCCCGGGCCGGGCCCCGGGAGGCCGAGAGCGGCGAGGAGCCUGCCCGGCGGCACCGCGCGCGACACAAGGCGCCGCCCGCGCUCGAGGAGGCGGAGAAGGAGGCCGAUGCGGAGGACAGGGACAAGGAGCCCAGGGAGUCACACUGUGACCUGGAGGCCAGUGUGGUGACUGGUGUGGGCCCUGUGCAUGCCCUGCCCAGCACCUGUCUAGAGAAGGUGGAAGAACAGCCCGAGGAUGCAGACAAUCAGCGGAAUGUUACUCGCAUGGGCAGUCAGCCCUCGGAUCUGAGCACCGCUGUGCAUAUUCCAGUGACGCUGACCGGGCCUCCCGGCGAGACCACGGCUGUUCCCAGUGGUAACGUGGACCUGGAAAGCCAAGCAGAAGGAAAGAAGGAGGUGGAAGCUGAUGACGCGAUGAGGAGCGGCCCCCGACCCAUUGUCCCGUACAGCUCCAUGUUCUGCUUGAGCCCCACCAACCUGCUUCGCCGCUUCUGCCACUACAUUGUGACCAUGCAGUACUUCGAGAUGGUCAUCCUCGUGGUCAUCGCCCUGAGUAGCAUUGCCCUGGCCGCUGAGGACCCUGUGCAGACAGACUCGCCCAGGAACAACGUGCUGAAGUACAUGGACUACAUCUUCACAGGCGUCUUCACCUUUGAGAUGGUGAUAAAGAUGAUCGACUUGGGACUGCUGCUGCACCCUGGUGCCUACUUCCGGGAUCUGUGGAACAUCCUGGACUUCAUUGUGGUCAGUGGGGCCCUGGUGGCGUUUGCCUUCUCAGGCUCCAAAGGGAAAGACAUCAGCACCAUCAAGUCCCUGAGGGUCCUGCGUGUGCUGAGGCCACUCAAGACCAUCAAGCGGCUGCCCAAGCUCAAAGCUGUGUUUGACUGUGUGGUGAACUCCCUGAGGAACGUCCUCAACAUCCUGAUCGUCUACGUGCUCUUCAUGUUCAUUUUCGCUGUCAUCGCGGUGCAGCUCUUCAAGGGGAAGUUUUUCUACUGCACCGACGAGUCCAAGGAGCUGGAGCGGGACUGCAGGGGCCAGUAUUUGGACUACGAGAAGGAGGAGGUGGAAGCUCAGCCGCGGCAGUGGAAGAAAUACGACUUCCACUAUGACAACGUGCUCUGGGCCCUGCUGACUCUGUUCACUGUGUCCACCGGCGAAGGAUGGCCCAUGGUGCUGAAGCACUCGGUGGACGCCACCUACGAGGAGCAGGGCCCGAGCCCCGGCUUCCGCAUGGAGCUGUCCAUCUUCUACGUGGUCUACUUCGUGGUCUUCCCCUUCUUCUUUGUGAACAUCUUUGUGGCCUUGAUCAUCAUCACCUUCCAGGAGCAGGGGGACAGAGUCAUGUCUGAGUGCAGCUUGGAGAAGAACGAGAGGGCUUGUAUCGACUUUGCCAUUAGUGCCAAACCCCUGACGCGGUACAUGCCCCAGAGCAAGCAGUCGUUCCAGUACAAGACGUGGGCGUUUGUGGUCUCACCGCCCUUCGAGUACUUCAUCAUGGCCAUGAUAGCCCUCAACACGGUGGUGCUGAUGAUGAAGUUCUACGACGCGCCCUACGAGUACGAGCUGAUGCUGAAGUGUCUGAACAUCGUGUUCACGUCCAUGUUCUCCAUGGAGUGUGUGCUCAAGAUCAUCGCCUUUGGAGUGCUGAACUAUUUCAGAGACGCCUGGAAUGUCUUUGACUUUGUCACUGUGUUGGGAAGUAUUACUGAUAUUUUAGUAACAGAGAUUGCGGAAACGAACAACUUCAUCAACCUCAGCUUCCUCCGCCUUUUCCGUGCCGCCCGACUCAUCAAGCUGCUCCGCCAAGGCUACACCAUCCGCAUCCUGCUCUGGACCUUCGUCCAGUCCUUCAAGGCCCUGCCCUACGUGUGCCUGCUCAUCGCCAUGCUGUUCUUCAUCUAUGCCAUCAUCGGCAUGCAGGUGUUUGGAAACAUUGCUCUGGACGACGACACCAGCAUCAACCGUCACAAUAACUUUCGGACGUUUCUUCAGGCCUUGAUGUUGCUCUUCAGGAGUGCCACCGGGGAGGCCUGGCAUGAGAUCAUGCUGUCCUGCCUCAGCAGUCGGGCCUGUGACGAGCUCGCCAACGCCACAGAGUGCGGGAGUGACUUCGCCUACUUCUACUUCGUCUCCUUCAUCUUCCUCUGCUCCUUUCUGAUGUUGAACCUCUUUGUGGCUGUGAUCAUGGACAAUUUUGAGUACCUUACGCGGGACUCUUCCAUCCUAGGGCCUCACCACCUGGACGAAUUCAUCCGGGUCUGGGCUGAGUACGACCCGGCUGCGUGUGGGCGCAUCAGUUACAAUGACAUGUUUGAGAUGCUGAAACACAUGUCCCCGCCCCUGGGGCUGGGGAAGAAAUGCCCUGCUCGUGUUGCGUACAAGCGCCUGGUUCGUAUGAACAUGCCCAUCUCCAGUGACGACAUGACCGUCCACUUCACAUCCACGCUGAUGGCCCUCAUCCGGACUGCACUGGAGAUCAAGCUGGCUCCAGCUGGCACGAAGCAGCAUCAGUGCGACGCAGAGCUGAGGAAGGAGAUUUCCUCUGUGUGGGCCAAUCUGCCCCAGAAGACCCUGGACUUACUGGUGCCACCCCAUAAACCCGACGAGAUGACGGUGGGGAAGGUGUACGCAGCUCUGAUGAUAUUCGACUUCUACAAGCAGAACAAAAUCACCAGAGACCAGAUGCACCAAGCUCCUGGAGGCCUGGCCCAGAUGGGCCCCGUGUCCCUGUUCCACCCCCUGAAGGCCACGCUGGAGCAGACUCAGCCGGCUGUGCUCCGAGGAGCCCGUGUUUUCCUUCGGCAGAAGAGCUCGGCCUCCCUCAGCAACGGUGGGGCAAUACAAACCCAAGAGGGCGGCAUCAAGGAGUCUGUCUCCUGGGGCACUCAGAGGACCCAGGAGGUACCCUGCGAGGUGAGGACACCCCUGGAGCGUGGCCACUCCACAGAGAUCCCGGUGGUGCAGACAGGAAAACCGGCUGUGGACGUCCAGAUGCAGAGCAUGGCCCUGAGAGGCCCUGACGGGGAGCCCCAACCCGGGCUGGAGAGCCAGGGCCGAGCAGCCUCCAUGCCCCGCCUGGCAGCAGAGACUCAGCCACCCCCAGAUGCCAGCCCCAUGAAGCGCUCCAUCUCCACACUGGCACCCCAGAGGCCCCACAUGGCUCAUCUGUGCAACGCGGCCCUGGACCGUGCUCCGGCCAGCCAGGCCGCCCCCCACCACCACCACCGCUGCCAUCGCCGCAGGGACCGGAAGCAGAAGUCCCUGGAGAAGGGGCCCAGCCUGUCUGCAGACACAGAUGGCGCACCCUACAGCAGCGCGGGGCCGGGCCCCCCGCCGCCCCCAGGGGAUGGGGCAGCAGGCUGCCGGCGGGAGCGCAGGCAGGAGCGGGGCCGGUCCCAGGAGCGAAGGCAGCCUUCCUCCUCGUCUUCUGAGAAGCAGCGCUUCUACUCCUGUGACCGCUUUGGGGGCCGUGAGCCCCCACAGCCCAAGCCCUCUCUCAGCAGCCAUCCCACGUCGCCCACUGCUGGGCAGGAGCCAGGACCCCCGAGACAGGGUAGUGGCUCCGUGAACGGGAGCCCCCUGCUGUCAACAUCUGGUGCUAGCACCCCUGGCCGCGGCGGGCGGAGGCAGCUCCCCCAGACCCCGCUGACCCCCCGUCCCAGCAUCACCUAUAAAACGGCUAACUCCUCGCCUGUCCACUUUGCCGGGGCUCAGACCAGCCUCCCUGCCUUUUCCCCCGGCCGGCUUAGCCGUGGCCUUUCGGAACACAACGCCCUGCUCCAGAGAGACCCCCUCAGCCAGCCCCUGGCCCCCAGCUCCCGGAUUGGCUCCGACCCUUACCUGGGGCAGCGUCUGGACAGCGAGGCUGCAGCCCGCACCCAGCCUGAGGACACGCUCACCUUCGAGGAGGCCGUGGCCACCAACUCAGGCCGCUCCUCCCGGACUUCCUACGUGUCCUCCCUGACCUCGCAGUCCCACCCCCUCCGCCGGGUGCCCAACGGCUACCACUGCACUCUGGGGCUCAGCUCGGGCGGGGGCGGCCGGGGGCGGCACAGCUACCACCACCCUGACCAAGACCACUGGUGCUAG